GUGUGUGUGUGUGCACGCGCGCGCGCGCCCGCGAGCUGAAGCCCCUGUAUUCUCGAGAGCUCAUGAAGCUGACAUUAAUGUCAAUGCAUUUUAAAAAAUGAAUUAAAAAAGAAAAAGCAAGAAAAUGAAAGAGAGGAUGCAUUACGUGUGUGCGCGCGCGCGCGUGUGUGCGCGUGUGGAAAUGCCAAGUUGGGGAGAGGGCGGCCAUCUCGGGGUGGGGUGGGGUGGGGGCGCCCAGCAUUCGUCCCUGAUUUUGGAUCGAAGCCCGAGAAGGGGGGCGAGCCCCGAGCAGGCCCAGGGGAGGGGGCGGAACCGCGGCUGCGGCUGGGGGAAAGCAGAGGGAGGGGGCCGGGGGAGAGGGAGGGGCGGGGGGAAGGGGCGGGGAGGAGGGGCCAGAGACGGGCAGAGCAGGAGGGAGGCGGCUAGGGGCGGGGGGCCGGGGGAGGGCGAGGACCCGAGGAGGGAGGGACCCACGGGGGAGGGCUGGCCGGCCCCCACCCCGCCCCGGCCGCCGGAGCAUGCAGUUGGGAGCAGGCCGGCUCGCCGACAUCCCCGGCGGCCGGGCAUCCGCAGAGGAGGCGCAACUGGUGCCCGUGCCCCGUCGCGGCGGCCGCAGCGCCCGCAGGAGCCGGCUCGGAGGAGCUCCCCCGCCCGGUCCGCAGCGGCGGCGCCCGGGGCCGGGGCCGGGCCUUGCAUGAAGCCCCGGGCCCCCUGGGAACAGCGGGGCGCGGGUGGAUGCGGGGUGCGCCCGGGGCCCGUGGCGAGGCUCUGAGGCCUCCCGGGGGGCUGCGCGGAGGCGGCGGCGGCGGCGGCGGCGGCGGCGGGCCCAAGAUCGCCAGCCAUGCUGCUGGCCUCGGCCGUGGUGGUCUGGGAAUGGCUGAACGAGCACGGCCGCUGGAGACCGUACAGCCCGGCCGUGAGCCACCACAUCGAGGCGGUGAUCCGGGCCGGGGGGCCCCGCGCCGGCGGCGGCAGCGUGGUGCUGGGCCAGGUGGACAGCCGCCUGUCGCCCUACAUCAUCGACCUGCAGUCCAUGCACCAAUUCCGGCAGGACACUGGGACCCUGCGUCCUGUCCGUCGAAGCUACUACGACCCGGCCUCGGCGCCCGGGAAGGGCGUGGUCUGGGAGUGGGAGAAUGACAACGGCUCCUGGACCCCCUACGACAUGGAGGUGGGCAUCACCAUCCAGCACGCCUACGAGAAGCAGCACCCCUGGAUCGACCUCACCUCCAUCGGCUUCUGCUACGUCAUCGACUUCGGCACCAUGAGUCAGAUCAACAGGCAGACCCAGCGCAAGCGCCACAUCCGGCACCGGCUCGAUCUCAUCUACCCCGUGGUCACGGGCACCCUGCCCAAGUCUCAGUCCUGGCCGGUCGGCCCGGCCGUGGCCAGCUCCCCCCCCGGCCCCCCGUGCUCCUGCCCGCAGUGCCUCCUGGUGAUGAGCGUCAAGGCGGCGGCCGGGGCCAACGGCGGCAUGGGGCUGCUGCCGCCCGUGCCCGCCCGGAAAAACGUGGCCCCUCCGGGGGGCCCCAAGCUGGCCCUGCCCCCGGGAGCCGGGCCCAAGCCUCUGGAUGGGACGGGCACCCUCCGGGUUCCGGGGAAGGCGGCGACCUCACAGGUGAGCCGGAGGCAGGCGGCCAGCGCCCCGGCCCUGGCCGGCUCGGCCUCCCCGGCUAGCCCCCCGGGCGCCACCGGCAAGAACGGGCGCGUGGCCCUGGCGACCCUGAACCGCACCAAUCUGCAGCGUCUCGCCAUCGCGCAGUCCAGAGUGCUGAUUGCUUCUGGUGUCCCCACUGUCCCAGUGAAGAAUCUCAAUGGCUCCAGUCCUGUGAAUCCUGCCUUAGCAGGAAUCACCGGAAUCCUCAUGAGUGCGGCAGGACUGCCCGUGUGCCUCACCCGGCCCCCCAAGCUGGUCCUGCACCCUCCCCCUGUCAGCAAGAGCGAAAUCAAGUCUAUCCCGGGGGUCUCCAACACAAGCCGCAAGACCACCAAAAAACAAGCCAAGAAAGGAAAGACUCCAGAAGAAGUUCUGAAAAAGUACCUGCAGAAAGUGCGCCAUCCCCCAGACGAGGACUGCACCAUCUGCAUGGAGCGCCUCGCGGCCCCAUCAGGUUAUAAGGGCCCACAGCCAACGGUCAAGCCCGACCUGGUGGGGAAGCUGUCCAAAUGUGGUCACAUCUAUCACCUGCAUUGCCUGGUUGCCAUGUACAACAAUGGGAACAAGGAUGGAAGUUUGCAGUGUCCAACCUGCAAAACCAUUUAUGGUGUCAAGACGGGGACCCAGCCCCCUGGGAAGAUGGAGUAUCACCUCAUCCCCCACUCCCUGCCUGGGCACCCAGAUUGUAAAACUAUCCGGAUAAUCUACAAUAUCCCCCCAGGCAUUCAGGGACCAGAACACCCGAAUCCUGGGAAGAGCUUCACCGCCCGAGGCUUCCCUCGACAUUGUUACCUCCCAGAUAGUGAGAAAGGGAGGAAGGUGCUGAAGUUGCUGCUGGUAGCCUGGGACCGCCGCCUGAUCUUUGCCGUGGGCACCUCCAGCACCACGGGCGAGUCGGACACGGUCAUCUGGAACGAAGUGCACCACAAGACCGAGUUCGGCUCCAACCUCACGGGCCACGGCUACCCGGACGCCAACUACCUGGACAACGUGCUGGCGGAGCUGGCGGCCCAGGGCAUCGCGGAGGACAGCGCCGGCCUGGAGAAGGACUGAGCCCGGCGGGAAGCGUGAUAGGGGCGGGCUGGGUGCCGGCCGGGCGGUGGAGGGAGGAGCCCCUGCUUCUCCUUCCGCCCCUGCAGGUGACGGCCCAUGUAUAGGCUAUGUCAUUCAUAAACCUCAUCAGAUACAGGAGGGGACAUGGGACAGAGAAUCCUACUCACCAUGUUCUCCACGAGACUCUGGUCCCGGGGGACGAGGACUCCCCGAGUGGGGAGCUUGGCCGGCUCUCUGGCCAAAUGAGGGGUGGCGGUCACUCCACACCCUGGGCCUUGGGAAGCUGGAGGCUCCAUCCCCUGGAGCCCCUCCAGGUGUUUACACUCUGCUUCAGGAGCAGAGUUUCAGCUCCCCGUCCUCUUAAGGGAAGGGAGCGAGGCCCUCACUGUGCAGGGUGGGUGGG